AUGCAACAAUUCAACACAUUCUUCAAAAACAAGAACACCAACAAUAACACCAACGAUUCUCAACCCCCUCCAGUCCGGCGCAAAUCCCAUGACCCCAUCCUAUCGCCAGAAGAUGAGGCUUUCCUGCGGAAUGUCACGUCUGAAUCCCCAUCAGCAACAGCACAAGAUUCUGUGCCCUCUGAGCAAGCCGGUGAUCAACCAUCGUCGCCUUUGUCUGGCGACGCCCAGGCGCCGGCGCCUAUUUCGCCGGUAGAGGAGUUCGGGAAGGAGCUGGGUGAGCGAGAACGCAGGAAGUCCCUGACAGAGCACCCUACUAGUAAUGAGGAACCAAGUGCGACUGGCACUACGGCAGAGCCUUCAGCCAAGGCUAGGCCAUCGGGGAGCCCGAAGAAGAAGAGACCGUGGACCAUGUUGUGGAAGAAGAGUGAUAAGAAAGCACCAGAAACCCGGGAACCGGAAACAGCUCCAGCGCCAACGACUGACCUUGCGACCACGGAAACUCCUUCCAGUGACAAGGAAACGAAACAGGAAAACGAAGAUAUGACCGAAAUUCUCGAUAAACUGAACCUUGCGGCGGAUAAUAACCGUGUUUUCUCGAUCUCGGACGAAACACAGGAGCUUCUUCGGAAAUUUAAGCUUAUAUUCAAGGACCUGAUUAAUGGUGUUCCGACGGCAUACCACGACCUCGAGAUGUUGCUCACGAACGGCAACAGACAAUUGCAAGACACAUACUCGGGCCUGCCGAGUUUCCUCCAAAAGCUAAUUGAGAAGCUCCCCGAGCGGUGGACUGAAUCACUAGCUCCUGAGAUGAUCGCUGCCGCUACAGAGAGGGCCAGCAAGAGUGGUGUCAAUGUUGACAACUUCGGCAAGGCGGCUGCGGCUGCAAACAAGAUGGGUCUUCAAGUUCCUAGCUUGAAGGAGCUGGUUGGGAAGCCUGCCGCGAUCGUAGGAAUGUUACGGUCUAUAAUGGCCUUCCUUAGGGCUCGGUUCCCGGCUGUACUAGGGAUGAAUGUUCUCUGGUCGUUAGCACUAUUCAUCCUCUUAUUCGUCCUCUGGUACUGCCACAAACGCGGCCGCGAGGUCCGUCUUGAAAACGAGCGCCUCGUAACAGAGGAGGAAAUCGAGAAGAUGAAUCAAGAUUCCUCCGACGGAGCAGGAACGGAAUCCCAGAUCCGGAGUACUGAAACCCUCACGACAACUGCCGCACAGGGCGCCUCCGCUUCUGAAGUCCGCGAGGGCAUCAAAGAGGCACAGAAGGCUCGUGAGAAGAAGACUUCUUCCAUUGCGGGGGAGCAGACACAACCUCAGGCGCAAGCACAAGAACAGAAAGAGAACGAGAAAGGAGACAAGCCCGUCCGGUUGGAGAAUGAGCCUAUCAAGCCAACAAGGUCUAAAUCGAUAUUAUCCAUCUUCGGCAGAUCUGGCAGCACAAAUUCGACUCCUACUACUGCUAGCAAGGUUACGCCGUAUCCGGGAACAUGA